ACCGGAUGUUGAAGACGGUGGUGAAUGUAAACACACGCCGUCUGGUCGUGCCGUGUUCGUUUCAGAAGACAACGUUGGUCCACCUGCAGGCGCACAAGAAGGUGGCGACAAACAAAACCAGGGGUUCUUCACGGGUUCACAAACCCACACGCACAGAUCCAUCCAUUCAAAACAUUCCAGCCUCUUCCUCUUUCUUCUCUCUUCAAUCUUUGCAGAAACUUCUCGACGUACACACUCGUUACCUGCUUGCCCGCCGCCGUUCAUCAACACCACUCACUCCUUCAAAGCACAUCCACAGAUACCACUCACUCACUACCCCACCCACCCACCUCCGCUCAAAAUGCGUACCACAAUCAUCAUCCUCUCCGCCUCCGCGGCCAUCGCCUUCGCGGCUCCUCAAGGCAUCGCCUCCCAGAUCAGCGACGGCCAAGUCCAGGCUCCCACCGGCUCCGCCACCGCGCCGCCCCCAGCCUACUCGAGCCCCGAAGUGAGCGCCGAAUCGACCUCCACCCCCGCCGCUCCCCCCGCCUACCCCACCACCAACUGGAGCAGCUCCGCCGCCUCCCCGGUCAGCUCCGCCACCUCCCCCGUCAGCUCCGUCGUCUCCCCCGUCAGCUCCGUCGUCUCCCCCGUCAGCACAGUGACGAGUAGUGCCACCACGACGGCCGCUGUCGUCCCGCCGCCCGCCAGCUACCCCACGCCGGCCAACAGCACCACGACUGCGGUUGCCAUCAGCACGGGCGCCGUCUUGACCACCUCCCCCAUCGUCAAGCCCUCUACGUCUUCUGUCGAGGCUGGGCCGACCAAUACCACGCCUCCUGUUGCCACUGCUUCUCCCGGCAUGGCUGGGGUGCUCGAGGUGAAGGCGGGGCUUGCGGGCGCUGCGUUUGCUGGGCUGCUGGCUUUGCUUGCUUGAUGCCUCUCGCCACUUUGCUGAGUGGGCUUGGUCGUCCUAUGGAGGGCUCAGCUACCUACCUGGCAUCGAUGGAGAGCUUGCAAGGG